AUGAUAGUUUUUUGUAAUUAUAAGAAAAAAAAAUAAAAAAAUAAAAAAAAAUAAAAACAUGAUGCUGUUCGGAUAAGCACCCUAAUCGCUUUUCCUAGGGUUGAGCCUCCUCAUUUCCGUUAUACAAAUCAACUAAAUCUGAAUCGGAAUCCUCCUCAUCGACACCACCAGCACCACCGUCAUCCACCGCGAGCAGUAAUCAAUGGCGAAUCCAAUUAGCAAGCCCCUGAUCUUGAUACUGGUAUUUCUCUUUUUGGUGUCAUCUUCGCUCGCUACCACAGAUGUUCCCUUUAUAGUAGCCAACAAGAAGGCGACUCUCAACAGGCUCAAAUCCAGCGCCGAACGAGUAUCCGUAACCAUCGAUAUCUACAACCAGGGAACUUCGACUGCUUAUGAUGUAAGUCUUGUUGAUGAUCACUGGCCUCAAGAUAUAUUUGAUAUCAUCAGUGGCAACACUUCACAAUCAUGGGAAAGACUAGAUGCUGGUGGUAUCCUGUCACACUCUUUUGAAUUGGAGGGGAAAGUGAAAGGAAGUUUUUAUGGUUCCCCAGCAGUCAUUACUUUUCGUAUCCCUACUAAGUCAGCUCUACAGGAGGCAUAUUCAACUCCCAUACUGCCGCUAGAUGUCCUUGCUGAUAGACCUCCUGAAAAGAAGUUUGAGUGGGCUAAGAGGCUAUUGGCAAAAUAUGGAUCUCUAAUUUCUGUGGUCACCAUUGUGGUUCUGUUUGUAUACCUAGUCGCCACUCCCUCGAAGUCCACUGCAGCAAAAGCAAGCAAGAAGAGGCGUUAAUCAUUAUGAGAAAUUAAUCCAUAGCUUGGCUCCGUUUGAACUACUAUAUGCAUGAGGUCCGUUUGCUAGUUGCUAGUUCGAUAGUUCUAUAGUUCCUUUCACCUGGAAAUGAUCACAGAUUUUGUUGACAUAUUUUAUUUAUGUAGUAGUCAAAGAGCAAAUGUAAUUUGAAUCAACUAAUUUUUUAUUUCUCACUGCAAGGACAGUUAGUGUCAUCUUCGGCUUUUCUACAUUUUAAGAUCACCGAAAUUAUAAGAUUGGGAAUUCAGGACUAGUUUGGCCACAGACAUUAUUUAAUACCAUUUUGGAUUAGAUUAUUUCA